CGCCUCACGCUCGCGAGCUUCUCGCUCCCGACCGUCCUCGCGAGUGGCACCAAGCUGCUCGCGUCGGCCGGGCGCGAGUACGACGUGCCCGAGCUGCUCAGCCGCGAGCGCCUCCAGAGCGCCAAAAAGGACGUGCUCGGCAAGCUGGGCCUCGCGUUCGGCGGCACGGACGUCGACAUGGGCCUCGACAUGGACGCCGAGCUCGGCGCGCCGGCGGAGCGCAAGCCCAGCAUCCCAGCGGCGCCCGAGGCGCCGCCCGCGCCCGAGGCGCCGAACCGGCCGCUGAGCGCGCGCGAGCGCAACCAGCUGAAACGCAAGCGCAAGCUCGAGGCAAAGACCCAGGCGCGCGCGCCCGUGCACGCCGAGCCCGAGAAGCGCGUCAAGCUCGAGGGCGAGCGGGCCCCCACGCAGGCGGCCGCCGCGCUCUCGCUGCAGGUGCCGCGCGGCGCCUGGCCGUUCCGCGCGCUCGCGGAGCUGCUGAGCGUCGAGCUCGUCAGCCCCACGUGGGAGGCGCGGCAUGGCGCCGCGCUCGGCCUCCGCGAGCUGUUCCGCACGCAGGGCGCGGGCGGCGGCAAGACGUGCGGUGCGUCGCCGGCGGACAAUGCGCGCGCGCACGACGCGUGGUGCGAGGACCUGGCGGUGCGCCUGCUGUGCGUCUUUGCGCUCGACCGCCUCGGCGACUUUGUGUUUGACCAUGUCGUGGCGCCCGUGCGCGAGACGGCGUCCCAGACACUCGCGCAGCUCCUCCCGCACAUGAGCAGCGAGCUCGUGCGCAGCACACACCACGUCCUCCUCGAGAUGGUGCGCCAGGACCACGUGCGCGCGGCCGGCCUCGUCGGGCAGCCCGGGCAGCGCGCGUACGUGUGGGAGGUCCGGCACGCCGGCCUGCUCGGCAUCAAGUACGAGGUGGCGAUGCGGGUCGACGUGCUGGGUGUCGAGGACGACAUGCUCGCUGAUGUGCUCGACGUGGCGCAGCUGGGCCUGCGGGACGACGACGACGACGUCCGCGCGGUCGCCGCGGCCAUGCUGCUGCCGAUCACGCGCAACCUCGUCGCGCACCAGCUCGCGCGCAUGCCGGCCCUGCUGGACCAGCUGUGGACGUGCGUCGGCGCCCGGCGCGACGACCUGUCGAGCAGUGCGGCCAGCGUGAUGGACCUGCUCGCCGCGCUCAUCGCGCAGCCGGACGUCGUGCGCGCCGCUGACUCGUCGCUGCUCGUGGAGCGCGUGCCGACCCUCUUCCGGUUCGUGCGGCACACGAUCACGCAUGUGCGUCUCGCGAUGCUGCAUGCCUUGCACGCGCUCCUGCAGGCGCCGUCGCUCUCGCGCGCCUGGCUCGAUGACCGCCUCGUGCGCCUCCUGUACCAGAACCUGCUCGUCGAAGAGCGCCCGGCGAUCCGCGAGGCGACCGCCCAGGUGUGGGCGCUCGCGCUCCGCGCGCUCGGCGCGCAGCUCGGCGCGUGUGUGGCGCCGCACAUCCCUGCGCUCUUCCAGCUGGUGCUCACGCCGAUCGGCACGCCCAUGGACACGUCGCUGUUCUUUACGCCGCCGCGCGCGCACUCGGAGCACGACAUUGACCGCGGCAUCCUCACGCAGGACCUCACGCUCGUCGGCGUCGACGUCGUGAUCCGCGGGCGUCUCGAGGCGGCGUCGGCGCUCGGCGACCUCCUCGCGCAGGCGCUGCCGGCGCAGGACGCGGCGUGCGCGCGCCUGUGCGAGGGCCUGCAGUCUGCGUCCGCGCUCCAGACGUGUCUGUGCGCGGUCGUGUCGCAGCGGUGGGCCGAGCAGGUGGACGAUCCGCCGGCGUUCCUUGGCACGCAUGCCCAGGCGGCGCAGAUGCACGGCGUGCUUCUGGGCCUGCUUGACGCGACGAUGCCGCCGGUGUACGCGGAGAUGCGCCUCCUGCGGCAGCGCAUCCACCACGACUGCCAGCUGCUUGCGCAGGCCGUCGCGCGCGCCGUGCCGGACGCCCAGCUGGCGGUCCCGGAGGCCGCGGCGCUCACGAUGGACCACGUGCGCGCGCUGCUCGACAAGGCGGCGCGGGCCGCCGACGCGCCGAGCGUCGGCGACCUGCGGCGCAAGCUCUCGCUCGCGGUGGAGCGCUACGAAACGACCAAGGAGACGGAGGACGUGCUUGUCCUCGCUGCCGUCGCGGGCGCCGUCGUGGCGUGGGGCGUGCUGCCGCCCAAGCUGAAUCCGCUGAUCCGCAGCCUGAUGAACAGCAUCAAGUACGAGGAGAAUGCCGACCUGCAGCAGCGCGCGGCCCUGGCGCUCGCGCGCUUCCUCGCGCUGUGCACGCGCCCCGGUGCGCCGGCGAACCCCAGCGACAAGGUGGUCAAGAAUCUGUGCGCGUUCGUGUGCCAGGACACGGCGCACACGCCGCUGUUCGCGCAGGAGAAGCAUGCGCACGAAGGGAUCGGUGCGCUGCAGGCGCUCGGCGCGCGCCCGGCGGCCGGCGCGGUGCGCGAUGAGCGCAUGACGCCGGAGCAGCUCAUCCGCCGCGGUGCGCAGGCGGCGCUCCAGCAGAUCUGCGCGCAGUUCGGCGCGGCGACGUGGGAGCGCGUGCCGAUGCUGUGGGCGCGCGCGGCGCAGCCCCUGCUCGAUCUCACGCCCGAGACGCGCGGCGCGUGGAGCGACGAGCAGGGCCAGGCGGUGCUCGAUGUGUGCGCGGUGCUCGAGAGUGUCGCGCCGCACGUCGACGCGGCGCUGCAUGCGUCGUUUGUGCCGCUCCUGGACGCGCUCGUGCGUGUGGCGCAGAGCGAGUACACGGUCGUGCGUGCGGCCGCCGCGCGCUGCUUCAGCGUGCUCGCGACGUGCCUCGUCGACGAGGCGAUGCACCGGCUCGUCGAGGAUGUGGUGCCGCUGCUCGGCGCGGCGGACCUGCCGCGGCGGCAGGGCGCGAUGGAGGUCGUGUCGUGCACGGUGCGCACGCCCGACGAGCGCGUGCUGCCGUACGUGCUGUUCCUCGUGGUGCCGGUGCUGGGCCGUAUGAGCGACCCGCACGAGUCGGUGCGGCUGCUCGCGACGAACACGUUUGCCGAGCUGGUCAAGCUCGUGCCGCUGAUCCACGGACUGCCGGACCCGCCGCACUUUUCGCCGGCGCUCCUCGCGCGCCGCGAGACGGAGAAGGCGUUCCUUACGCAGCUGCUGGACGGCUCGCAGGUGCAGCCCUACACGCCGCCCGUGGAGAUGAAGGUGCAGCUGCGGCCGUACCAGCUGGAGGGUGUGAGCUGGAUGACGUUCCUCGCGCGGUACCAGCUGCACGGCAUCCUGUGCGACGAUAUGGGUCUCGGCAAGACGCUGCAGUCGAUCACGCUGCUCUCGUGCCAGCACUGGGAGCGCGCGCAGCGCUGGGCGGCGACGCGCGCGCCCGAUGCACGCCCGAUCCCCUCGCUCAUCGUGUGCCCGCCGACGCUGACGGGGCACUGGGUGCACGAGAUCCAGCAGUACUCGCCGAACCUGCGGCCGCUGCUGUACGCGGGCCACCCCAGCGAGCGCGCGCGCCUCCUGGCGCAGAUCGACGAGUGCGACGCGGUGGUCAUGUCGUACGACGUCGUGCGCAACGACAUCCAGUGGCUCGCGCCGCGCGCGUGGCACUACUGCCUGCUGGAUGAGGGCCACGUGAUCUGCAGCGCGAAGACAAAGACGACGCGCGCGGUGAAGCAGAUCCGCGCGCAGCACCGGCUCAUUCUGUCCGGCACGCCGAUCCAGAACAAUGUGCUGGAGCUGUGGAGCCUGUUCGACUUCCUCAUGCCGGGCUUCCUCGGCACGGACCAGUCGUUCCACGAGCGCUUCGCGCGCCCGGUGCUGGCGUGCCGCUCCGGGAAGCCGAGCGCCGCGGAGAAGGAGGCCGCGACGCUGGCGCUCGAGGCGCUGCACAAGCAGAUCGUGCCGUUCCUCCUGCGCCGCCUGAAAGAGGAUGUGCUCCGCGACUUGCCGCCGAAGAUCAUCCAGGACGUCGAGUGCGAGCUGAGCGACGUGCAGAAGACGCUCUACGACGAGUUUGUGCAGUCGCAGGCGCGGCGCGACGUGGAGGCGGCGCUCGCGCGCGGCGAGACGCCCGCGGACGCCGACGAGGACGCCGAGCCCGCGCAGCAGCACGUCUUCCAAACGCUGCAGUACCUGCGCAAGCUCGCGAACCACCCGUCGCUCGUGCUCGACCCCCACGUGCCCGCGCAGAAGAAGCUGCUCGAUCAGGUGCAGGCGCAGCGCGGCACGCUGGCGGGCCUGAGCCACGCGCCGAAGCUGCAGGCGCUGCGGCAGCUGCUGCUCGACUGCGGGAUCGGCAAGGAGGCGCCGGCGAACGAUGCGGCGCUUGUGGGCGCCGACACGGGCGCCUCCGUGUCGCAGCACCGCGUCCUGGUGUUCUGCCAGAUGAAGCAGAUGCUCGAUGUGAUUGAGAAGGAGCUCUUCCAGACGCUCAUGCCGUCCGUCACCUACCUGCGCCUCGACGGCAGCGUCAGCAGCGACAAGCGCCACGGCAUUGUGCAGACGUUCAACGCGGACCCCAGCAUCGACGUGCUCCUGCUCACGACGUCCGUCGGCGGUCUCGGUCUCACGCUCACGGGGGCCGACACGGUCAUCUUUGUCGAGCACGACUGGAACCCGAUGAAGGAUCUGCAGGCCAUGGACCGCGCGCACCGCCUCGGGCAGAAAAAGGUCGUCAACGUGUACCGCCUCAUCACGCGCAACACGGUCGAGGCAAAGAUCAUGGGCCUGCAGCAGUUCAAGCUGAACAUUGCGAACUCGGUCGUCACACAGCAGAACAAGUCGAUGGAGCAGAUGGACACGGACCGCAUCCUCGACCUGUUUGGGCCGGCGCCGGCGCCCGCCGCCACCGAGGCAAAGCCCACGCGCGGCAUCAGCCAAAAGGCCCUCCUCGCGAGCCUCGAGCAUAUGCCCGACACGGACGACAACGCGUACGCGGACAUGACGCAGUGGCGCCCCUCGGCUACGUAG